AUGGCUGGUAUCAAAGAUAAGAAGUCCUCCAAAAAGGCUUCUGUUACUGCAGCGGAGAAGCAGCUGCCUCCAGUUGAAGUCGAGGUUAAGCGCGGCCCGCAGAGGCCUUACAUCGUUUCGGGAACAAGCGAUGAGAUCGUUCAGGAACGUGUUUCGACAAGCUUGGUGGAUAAGCUAUGUGUUGCCGGACUGAUUUGUGUUGGUGCCGGUGUCAGAUUCCAGAAGCUGGAGUGGCCCACCGCUCCAGUGUACCAUGAAAGAGAAAUUGCGACAGCAAUUGAAAAAUACGCCAAUAAGGAAUUCUUUGUUGCUAUGGUGCCACCUUUCAUUAACCUCAUGUACAGUGUGGUGGCUAAAUUUGCUGGGUAUGACGGGACUUUCCCCAUUAUCGAAGGCGACCUGUUGGACAAGAACGGUCCAUAUGUUGCCCUGAGAUUCUUCUCGUCUUUCCUAGGUCUGUUCACCAGUGUCCUUUUGUUUGCAACCUUGCGGUUGUCCGGUAUUAAAAGUCUCGUAGCCGCAGCGGUUUCUGGUGCCUUUAUCUUUGAAAAUGGGCACACCACCGUUUCCCGUUUGUUUUUGGAGGACUCGCCUAUCGCAUUUCUAGUCGCUGUUUGUGUUUUCUUGUUCAAGAAAUCGGAACUGUACGAUACUGGGUCUUGCAAAUCGUACUCCUUCUUCGUCGGGUCACUCGUUGCUGCAGGCUGCUUGGUAGGAUCCAAAUGGAGCGGCGCCUUUAUCAUUGGCUGGAUCUUCCUGAUGCUGGCAUGGAAGUUUAUCCUACGCAUUGGUGAUCUGACCAAACCAGUCGUUGGGUCCAUUAAGCACACGUUUGUCAAGGGGUUCCUUUUGCUAGUGGUCCCAUUUGUGGUCUACAUGGCUGUUUUCUUCGUGCACUUCCAAUACACCACUGUGGCUUCUCACGACUCGAAUAUUUUGUCCGCAGCGUACAGAAACUCGUUGACUAAUAGCAAUAUGGUCAACGACGUCAAGGGUCUAGUGCUUGUUGGCUCACGCAUCUCUUUACGCCAUGUCAACACAUACGGUGGCUAUUUGCAUUCUCAUCAAAUGUACUAUCCAAAGGGAUCUAACCAAAGACAAAUUUCUUUGUACCCAUUCAUCGACGAAAACAACGACUGGACCAUCGAAUUGUACGACCAUCCAAACGAGGUCCUUGACGGUCUGACCAAGGUAAUCGAUGGGACUAAAAUUAGGUUGAGGCACCCAUCCCAAUGUAGAUUGCACUCGCAUGACCAUAAGCCACCUAUCUCCGAGCACAGCGACUGGCAAAAGGAGGUCAGCUGCUACGGGUAUGCAGGCUUUGACGGUGAUGCAAACGACGACUGGAUUGUGGAAAUCGACAAGAAAGCUUCCAAAAAGGGCCCAGCUCAACAUGAAAUCACCGCUAUUGAUACAAGAUUCAGAUUGAAGCACGCCAUGACAGGUUGCUACUUGUUCUCCCACAACGUCAAACUAGCGGAUAUUGGUAUGGACCAGCAGGAAGUGACGUGUGCCUCUUCUGGUAUCGACUCUUUAACGCUGUGGUACGUCGAAGAAAACGAGAACGACGAUCUACCAUUUGACACACCACGUGUCUCUUACUCUCCUAUCAGUUUCUGGGCAAAGUUCAAAGAGACCCAUGAAAAGAUGAAGUUUGCGAUUCGUGUUUUGGAGUUGCCUCACUCUCAUAUAUCAUCUCCCCUAUCUUGGCCUUUCAUGCUAACCGGUAAUGAGUUAUACAGUGUGAACUACGAAAAUGUUUACUUUCUAGGGAACGCUAUUAUGUGGUGGUCGUCCACGCUUUUCAUUGUUGUCUUUGGCGUUGUGUGCGCCUCAGAGCUGAUUGCGUGGCAAUUGGGCAAAUCGAUUCUUCAGGACUCAUAUUUGAUCCGUUUCCACUUGGAAUCUGUUGAGGAUCUUUUGGGUUAUGCUACUUUCAUGACUCCCUUGAUUCUUCUGGGAGGCAAUCACUACAUCAACGAGUACCUACCAGGUUACUACUUCGCCAUCUUGGCGCUCGCACAAGGUUUGGACGCCAUUGUCAACUUCUUGUUCAGAAAGAAUAAACCUGUGGGUUACGCUAUUGUGGCAUCAUUUAUGAUUGCUAACGUGUAUUUCUUCAACAACCGUAAGGACAUCAUCUAUGCUGGAUUGGGGAACUCCGACGCAUGUUACAAAACCCAAUGGUUGAGUUCUUGGGAUUACAACUGUGACAGUUACUACCUAACGUACGACGACUACAAGGCCACAAGAACUCAAAACAGACUAACAGAUGAUUCCACUUCUCUGACGUUCAUAUUCCCUGAGUCUACAGUGCUAGGUGAAUUUGAUCAAGAGCCACCCGUCGUCCAACACGAUGAGGACGGAGAGAGCAAUGGGCUGAACGGUGAUGAGGACGGAGAGAGCAAUGGGCUGAACGGUGAUGAGGAUGUCGAUAUCAUGGAGAGGUCGAACGUUGUCUACGUCGACGAAAACGGGAAUAAGAUCGCUCCCGAGGUCGUCAAGUCCAUGGUGGAGGAGGAAGGUGCUAUUUUGAAUAAAGGUGAAUAA